UAUUCUUCCACACAACUCCCUACCAUCACUAUCACCCUGACAGAAGAGAUGGCACCACCUCCUCCCACCCCCGACACAGCCUACUACAACCUAGGCACCUACACCCGCACGGUGAAGACCACCUCGGCUGCCGCCCAAACCUGGUUCACGCGUGGCUGGCAAUGGGCCUACAGCUUCAACCACGAAGAAGCCCUGCGCUGCUUCCGUGCCGCCGCCGCCCACGACCCCUCGUGCGCCAUGGCCCACUGGGGCAUCGCCUACUCGCUGGGACCGAACUACAACAAAGCCUGGGCCUUCUACGACCGGGCCGACCUGGCCACGAGCACCACCGAAGCCCUCGCCGCACUCACCCUCGCCCGUGAGCGGGCCACCGACCCCGCCGAGGUAUCCCUCAUCACCGCCCUCUUCGCCCGCUUCCCCGCCGCCCCGGACGCCCUCCCCACCGACUUUGCCCCGCUCAACCACGCCUACUCCCGCGCCAUGCGCACCGCCCACGAGUCCCACCCCACCGACAUCGACAUCACCGCCCUCCUCAUCGAAGCCCUCAUGUGCAUCUCCCCCCGAGGCCUCUGGAACCUUAACACCGGCGAACCCAGCGGACCCCACACCAUCGAAGCGCGGCGUCUCAUCGAAACCGCAUUCACCACCUCCCCCACCACCGCCCAACACAAUCCCACGCUCUGCCAUCUCUACAUCCACCUCAUGGAGAUGUCCCCCUUCCCGGAAAUCGCCCUCCCAGCCGCGGACCGUCUGCGCCGCGCCGCGCCGGACGCCGCCCACCUCCUGCACAUGCCCAGCCACAUCGACAUGGCGGUCGGCGACUACCGACGGUCGGUGGAGUCCAACACGGACGCGAUCCGGGCGGACGAAAAGUACGUGGCCGGGUGUGUGGCCGAGGGGCGCACCGGGGUGAGUGUGGGCGGGGCGCUGUACGUCGCCUACCGCAUGCACAAUAUCUGCGCGAAGCUGUAUUCCGCGCUGAUUGCGGGCCAGUUGGCGGCGAGUAUGGAGGCGGUGGAGCAGUUGGAGGCGUUGGUCGGGGAGGAGGUGCUGCGGAUCAAGAGUCCGCCGGUCGCGGAUUGGGUGGAGUCGUUUCUGGGGAAUCGCGCGCAUGUGCUGGUCCGGUUUGGACGGUGGGAGGAGGUGCUGCGGCUGCCGGAGCCGGGGGAUCGGGAGGUGUAUUGCACGACGUAUGCGACGGUGUUGUAUGCGAAGGGGGUGGCGUUGACUGCGUUGGGACGGGUGCCGGAGGCGGAGGCGAUGCGGAAACGGUAUGAUGAGGCACGAGGGAGAGUGCCGGGGAGUCGCAUCGCCAGUCUGCCCAGUAAGGCGGUCGAUGUGUUGGCGGUGGGGGCGAUGAUGUUGCAGGGUGAGCUGGAGUAUCGGCGCGGGGAGGUGGAGCAGGCGUUUGCCUCGCUGGCGCGGGCGGCCGAGCUGGAGGAUGCGCUGCCGUAUGGGGACCCGCCGCCGUGGAUGCAGCCGGUCCGCCAUGCCUGGGGCGGGCUGUUGCUGGAGCAGGACCGGGUGGCGGAGGCGGAGCGGGUGUUCCGCGAGGAUCUGGGGAUGGCGGAGGGGUUUCCGCGGCGCAAGGGGCGGCUGAACAAUGUGUGGGGGUUGCACGGGCUGCAUGAGUGUCUGGUGAAGCAGGACAAGCUGGACGAGGCGCGGUUGCUGGCGCCGUAUCGGGAUCUGGCGAUAGCGGCGGCGGAUGUGCCGAUUGUGACCUCGUGCUAUUGCCGGUUGAGUGCGGUGUCUGUGUCUGGGAAGUGCUGUGAUUGUUAGCGCGGUGCUGGUCCAGCAUGUUAUGUGCACUUAGGGUCAAGAGACAGACAAAUCUAGAGGUGUCAAUGCGAGUCUUUCGGCUGCUUCCCAGCUGCAAGGAUGAGCAGUAAACUUGGGAUCUGCAGAUUUACGCGACAUGAACCCUAGCUAGCUUUAUGGGCUAUAGGAGUACCUAUCCCGGCAGUCCUAUACUCUCAACAAACUACACGAUCACCG